AUGGUCGAGACAGCAGUUACAACCACUUCCACCGACCCGGCAAUCAAAAGCCAUCCAGUUCAGCAUCCUUCAGACCCGAGCAAAUAUGAAAUCGAAGCAGUCUCGCCUGAGAAGAUGGCCAUCAUUCACGCCACUGCGCCAAUGCUCAAGGAACAGGCCAUGACCAUCACCAUGUCUUUCUAUUACAGCAUGAAAGACGUUUACCCGGAGCUGAUUGCCAAGUUCGCUAAACAGCCUCGACAGCUAUCAACGGCCAUUCUGGCCUACUGCCAGCUGUUGGAUGAUCCACCAAAAUUGAUGAAGGGAGUAGAAAGAAUUGCGCAGAUACACGUAGACGCCGACAUCACGCCGGACCUCUAUAGGCUUGUCGGGACGGGCUUCAUUGAAGCAGUGGGAAAGGUUUUGGGGGAUGAAGCAACACCAGAGAUAUUGGAAGCUUGGGAUGAAGCAUUCAGAGUUUUGUCAGAUGUUUUGAUAGCUCGUGAGAAGCAGAUUUACGCAGAGAUAAAAAAGAAGGAAUGA